CGUUUCAACAGAACCGGAAGAGUUAUUGAGGGGUCGACUGACAGGUAAAUACUUGGCGGAGGAUGCUAACUGAGCCUCUGUGUGACAACGCCAUAAAACUGCAGCUCCUGGAUACCUGGAGUAAAGAUGAAACUACGCGCAGUAUCGUGGACAUUGAGACAACAGACUGAACGGCUGUAGCCAUGGAGGGGCACGUGGCCAAGAACAAUGAGAGCACCUUCCCCACUUUAGGGGAUCUGGACGACUUUCUAACCAAACACAACUCCAACUUCAUCUGGCUGCUGGCCGCCACCAUUCUGUCCUGUGGAUGGAUCAUCUAUUUAACUUAUUACAACUCCCGUAACAUCGGCCUGAUCCUCACCCUCAUCAUCAACAGACUCUACAGACAUGGAUACAUCCACAUCGGUUCCUUCUCCUUCUCCGUGCUGUCAGGAAAAGUCAUGUUCAGAGACGUCUACUUCAUUAACCAGGACAUGUCCAUCAGGAUACAGGACGGUUUCCUUAUCUUUCGUUGGUGGAAAAAGUACAACCCAAAACAGAAGCAGCAUGACCCCAAGGCCGAGACCAGGCUGUAUGUGACAGUUAACGGCUUUGAGCUCCACGUCUACAACCGCACCGCCCUCUACUCCCACCUGCAGGAGACGUUUGGACUUGAACCAACACUAAUAACACCCAGGAGUGAUGAGGAAAGUGGACAAGGAGACAGGACCAAGAGGCUGGAAAGUGUCAACAUCAAGGCCGAAGGUCAAGACCCCACGUCCUCCUGGCGCUCCCUCAUCCCUGUCAUCAAAGUCAACAUCAGCACAGGUCGUUUGGCUUUUGGGAACCACCACCUCCCACAAACGCUGUGUGUCAACUUUGAGGACGCCUUCCUGACGUACGCCACCAAACCUCCGUCCAGCCACCUGGACCAGUUCAUGCACAUUGUCAAAGGGUCACUGGAAAACGUCAGAGUCAUGUUGGUCCCUAGUCCACGCUACCUGGGACUGCAGAACGAUGAACCCCCCCGACUGAUGGGAGAGGGCUUUGUGGUCCUGCAGUCCAAUGAUGUGGACAUCUAUUACUACCAGGAUGAACCAGGUCUGGUCCCUGUGGAGCAGGACAGUGUGGGGGGGGCUGAGACGUGCACUGAGGAGGACCAACUGCAGGACCUGCCCCCAUGUUGGGGCCUGGAUAUCGUCUGUGGGAAAGGAACGGACUUCAACUACGGACCGUGGGCCGAUCGACAGAGGGACUGUCUGUGGAAGUUCUUCAUUCCAGCUGACUACCAGCCCAUGACAGUGACCCAGGUCUCUCAGCCCGGGUCACCCAGACAGAUCCAGGCCUUCGAGCUCCGGAUGAACAUCAUCGCUGACGCCACCAUCGACCUGCUCUUCACCAAAAACAGAGAGACCAAUGCCAUCCAUGUGAAUGUGGGUGCAGGCUCCUACCUGGAGGUCAACAUUCCCAUGACUGUGGGGGAGAACGGCUACUCUCCGACCAUCAAAGGUCAGCUGCUGCACGUGGACGCCACCAGCAGCAUGUUGUACAGGACUCUGCUGGAAGCUGAGAUGUUGGCUUUCCAUGUGAUAGCCAGUUACCCCCGGGUGUGGAACAUGCCCCAGUCGUGGCAGUGUGAGAUCGAGGUGUACAAGGCCACGUACCACUUCAUCUACGCCCAGAAGAACUUCUUCACCGACCUGAUCCAGGACUGGGCAAGUGACAGUGCUCCAGACAUCUACUCCUUCGUGCCCUAUUCCUGGAAGUUCAAGAUCCUCUUCCACCAGUUUGAGAUGAUCUGGGCGGCGAACCAGCACAACUGGAUCGACUGUUCCACCAAGCAGCAGGAGAAUGUGUACCUGGCCGCCUGUGGUGAGACCCUCAACAUAGACUUCACUCUGCCGUUCAGUGACUUUGUUCCGUCCACCUGUCACACCCGCUUCACUCUGAAGGCGGAGGACACAGACAUGCGACUGUCUCUCCCAGAGUGCCACCCCAGUCGUUGCCCCCUCCUCACUCUUGCCAAAGACUACCAGAACAUUAAGCUGCCCCCUGACAUGUUCAUGCCGGGGGAGAGUCAGAGUGCUCCUCCCCCUCCUCCCCCUCCUCCUCCUCCUCCUCCUCCUCCUCCUCCUAAACCCAACAAGUCCUGCUGGAGGAACAUCACCAAAGCAGAAGAGGGCUGGNNNGACUGCUGGAGUGUUCCCACCUUCCGGCUGGUCAUCGACUACCCCUGGCAUCCCAUCUACCCUCAGAAGGCUGACGAGCAGCUGAAACAGUCGCUGUCUGAGAUGGAGGAGUCCAUGCUCUCAGCUUUGCGCCCCCCAGAACACUCAUCGCUCCUGCACAAUGUUCCAUCGUCUUCAGCCGCUCACAGCCCGCCCCCCACCGACCCCUCUGAGCUGCCCCCCGACAGGCUUCAUGUGGAGAUGGAGAUGUCUCCAGAUUCUCAAAUAAUCCUCUACGGUCCUCUGCUCAGAACACUCAUCUCCAUCAAGGAGAACUACUUUGGUGAGGAUGACAUGUACACCGACUUUGAGGAGGUGGCCACCAGUCCUGUGUUGUCCACCUCCUCCUCCUCCGGCCUGGGCUGGUCUCCACUGGGCAUGGAGAGCUGUGAGGGCAAGGAAACCUCAGACCUUCACCCCCUGGAUCUGCGGCCCUGGGACAUCACCGUCUUCAUCAACCUCUACAAAGUCCAUGGACGACUGCCAAUGCACUGCAGCAGUGAUGGUCCUGAAGGUCCUUCAGGUUUCCUGGAGCGGCUGUGCUUUGAGAUGAAGAAGGGACACAAGGAGACCAUGCUGCAGCUGCUCCUCUCUCCUGUUCACAUUUUUGUCAGUGACAACUACCAGCGUCCCACCGCUGACGGGGUCUUAAGAGACGGUCACCUGAGUCUGUCUGGACUCCAGAUGAGGGCCCACGCCAUGUUCUCUGCCCAGGGCCUUCCUGUGGGCACCGACACUCUGGAGUACGCCUGGCUGAUCGACAUGCAGGCUGGAGGCCUCACGGGCAGAGUCACCGUCCCACAGCUGGCCACCAUGAUAGAGUGGGGAGAAACCUUCGUCUUCCAUGUCAUGUCCCGGGAGUUCCAGCUGGAGCAGCCCAAGGCCACCGUCACCUGCCAGCAUGGGGUGGACCGCCGCACCUGUGACGCCAAGUUGACUUGCCUUCCCGGCCACUGUCGGACGUCAGAGGAGCUGAAGUACACCAUGACUCGUUUGGCCGUGGACGCCGUUGACCUCUUCAUAGUUGAGCAUGGCUGUGCUGCCAGCAUCAAAACGGGUGUCGUUCGCGUAGCCAACUGUAACCUGCACAGCCAGGCGGUGGGGGAGGGCAUCAGUGCCGUGGUGCAGGACGUGAACGUCAGACAGUACAUUGAACAGCAGCAGCACGGCGAGUCGACCAGGACGCAAAGUCAGGCUGGGGGUCAGCCCGCUCCACUGCGACGGUCCGUCUGGCUGGAAGCGGGCUCGGUCAACCUGAACCUCAUCACGGCUGAUGUCGCUCUGGCGGCCGACCAUCCGGCCAAGUGUGAAGUGCAGAGGCAUUUUCUGGAACUUCAUGACGCUCAGAGCAAGAGACUCUGGUUUCUGUGGCCAGAAGAGCCCGGCCUCCGGAACAAGCGCAGCAGGAACCGCUGUGGCUGCCUUGGAGGCUGCAGGUUCUUCGGGGGAACCAAUGUGGGUCUGGACUUCUUCAGACUAGAAGAGCUCACUCCAUCCUCCUCAUCUGCGUUCUCAUCCUCCAGCUCAGAGUCAGACAUGUGCUACGGCCAGAGCUUGUUACACCCUGGAGAGUGGAUCAUCACCAAAGAGACGCCCAAAGUGGAUGGGAGAGUUGUGGGGGUAAAAACAGAAACCCACUCGCCACGACUGCCCCCUGAGCUGCCUGAGAGGAGGGGGCAGCAACACCUUAGUCUCCAGGUGCCCCAGCGUUCUCACAGCUCUGCCUCCUCAUCAGAAGAAAACAGUUCUUCCAGUGCUGCGCUGCCCCUGCUGGCUGGAGAGAGGGACAGCCCCUCACCAAGCACCGAGGAGCGUUUGAUCCCAGUGAACAGUAAAAGUCCAGCAGACACCCUGGGGGAGGUGCCCGAACUCUCCACCAUCUCACCCAACAGCUCCCAGGACCGCUCCUCAGUGCGCUCCCCCCUCUGCUCCCCCCUGAAGCGUCAGUCCUCGGUGCACUCCAGUCGUCUGGGCAGCACCAAGAGCCUGUCAGCAGCCAUGUUCACCGAGAAGCCCCCGCCCGUGUUGUCCGGAGGCGUCCAGUUCAGCAGCGAAGUUUCCCGCAGCGAUGAGAACGUCCUGGACUCGCCGCAUCAACGCAGGAGCUACGGUUCCUUCCCCUUCACCCCCUCGGCCGACUCCAACACCUUCCAUCAGUACCGCUCCGCUGACUCCAGCAUGUCCGUGGCCGACAGCGAGGCCUACUUCUCGGCCGCCGAGGACUUUGAGCCCAUCAGUAGCGCCGAUGAGGGUCCGGGGACGUAUCCGGGCCGCAAGAAGAAGAGGCGGCAGCAGAUUCAGCAACCUCAGCAGCUGCCGUACCACAUGGAGAACUACAGCCGCAGCUCCAUCUACCACAGCGUGGAGGGUCCACUCACCUACGUUCUGAAUGGAGAGUUGAUCACCGAGCCACGUCCCCUGCCGCUGCCCCCGACACUCCCCCCUCUGCCCUCACACCCUCUGCCCAGCCACACGUCACAGGCCUCCUUCGUCUCAGCCCUGGCCAUGGAGGAGGAGAGCUCCAUGGAGGUGGAGAAAACGGCCGAGCCUGGACCGGUGACACGACAGCCCCACGUCAUGGCCUGCUACCACAACUAUCUGGCUCAGUACCAGGUCUCUAAUUGGUCCGUUAAGCAGCCCACCAAUAAGAGGACUUCUAAGUCUUCUCUUCACCGCCCCUUAGACCUGGACACGCCCACCAGUGAGGAGAGCUCUGCUUCCUUUGACCAGCUGUCUGUGCCCAGUUUUAAGGUCAUAAAGCCAGGCCUUUCAGCCAGUUCUCUAUUGGACAGAGGGGGUCAGCUGAUGGGAGACACUCACAGCGCUCCAUACACUCCCCUGGACAAGAGAGCCAUGGACAACACGGAUGAGGACACGACCACAGACGACUGGAGCCUGGAGCAGCCGUUAGCUCAGACCAGAACCACCGCCAUAGUGGAAGUCAAGGGUGCCAUCAACGUGGUGCUCACCCCCCUGGUGGCCGAAUCCCUGGACAGGUACAUUGAGUCCAUGGUCCAUUUUGCAAGUGUUCGACAUCCAGCAACAAUUCUGGACGAUCUUCACGGAAAAGUCCUGAACGAAGCCUAUCAGAUCAGCAAGUCCACUGUUGCAGAAUCUAGCCAAACAGGAAAACAAGACCACAAGCUGUCCAGGACUGAGGGCACGACCCCCGGCUCCAUCAGCAUCUCCCAGGGACACACUGACCCGUCUGUCAAACCAGAUAAUGUGAAGAUCAAGGGCCUUCAGGCCAACGUGUCCAUCCCCAAGGUCAACCUCUGCCUCCUCCAGGCCUCGGUGGAGGAGGGCUCUCCGUCCUCCUCCACCAAGUGUGUCACACAUGUGUCACUGGUGGCGCUGUGCUUUGACAGGAUCGCUACCCAGUUCAGGAUGAACAGGGGCAUCGUAGAAGAGAACCCAAAUACGACAGAACAUGGCCGACCCUCUGCCAUGCUGGAGAAAUACGCCUCGGCCACUAAGAUGCAGCCUCAGUCCUCGGGCUCGCUGCGUUCCAACGCCGGCAUCGAGAAAGGCAAAGAGAUCGCAGCCAGGCUCAACGUUCACCGCAUCCACAGUCAGCUCCGAGGACUGGACUCCACAGACAUCGGUACCUGUGCCAUCACAGCCAUUCCCUCUGAGAAGUCCAAGGUUCUGUUUGGUCUGGAGGAAAUGGACGAGUUUUCAAUGGUGGAUGAGACCGACACACAGACCACCUCAGAAGACCUCAGCCGCUCCACCAUGGUUCUAGAGAAGUGGGGCUGGAUCAUGUUUGAAUGUGGCAUCGAGAACCUGACAGUGAAAGGGGGGCGCCAGUCAGGAGCCGUCCUCUACAAUGCGUUUGGGUUGAUGGGACACUCGGACACCGGGGCGAAGACGGGGACGUGCAAGUCCAACGGUUCAACAGGCUCCCAGACAGGAAGUGGUUACAGCACCGACGUCUCUGAUGACAACCUGACCCAUGACCCUCUGAGCCCCGGUUCUGAUGUCAACGAACACUCGGACUCAGACGACCAGGAUGAGGGGGUGGAGUCGGACGACCUGAAGAAAGACCUCCCCCUCAUGCCCCCCCCUCCUGACUCCAGCAGCAUGAAGCUGACCAUCAGAGAGAUCUGGUUCAGUUUUGCUGCUCCCACAGUCGUGCGCUCACCUUCACAGACCAUCUCCAGACAGCUGAAUCUGCUCAGCACGGCCACACCCGCCAUAGGAGCGUGGCUGGUUCCUGUGGAUCAGCUCAAAUCUUCUCUCCGCAAGCUGGACAUGGAGGGAACGCUGCGCGUCUGUGCCGUCAUGGGCUGCAUCAUGACUGAGGCUCUGGAGAAGAAAAGCAUCCACAUCCCCAUUCGCAGCAAGUACAACCGUGUAACAAAGCGAGCGCGUUACCUGCACGAGAACCCCUCCUGUAUGCUGUGUCACAUCCUGCACCGAUACCUCCAACAGUCGGACUAUUCCGUCAUAGAGGAGGCCACCAUGAAUGAUGGCGUCCCGGCUCUGGUGACUCUGAAGAAAGGUCUGGUGGCUCUGGCCAGACAGUGGAUGAAAUUUAUCGUGGUGACUCAGGGCUUCAAGGCCAUUGGUCCAACGAGGCCCAAUCAACUGGCCAAACCCAGAGAGCCUCAGCAGAGUCUGGUAGAGACGGUCAUGGGUCUGGACAACGGGGCGGCGCUGCAGAGUGACACCAGCGCCGAUGGAGCGGAGUUUGAGUUUGAUGCAGCCACAGUGAGUGAACACACCAUGCUGCUGGAAGGAGCCUGUAGUCGUCCUCCACCUAAAGAAGCCAACACUGGUCCAGUGAGUGGAGUGGAGAUCAUGAGGAAACUGUCCAAGAGUCACGCACACAGCGAGUCUGCACUCAGGAUCAAGGGCUCCCAUCCAUACCAGUCUCUCAGCUACACCAGUGGUGACACGGCCGCCGACUCGCCCGCACACGUGAGCCGUGCAGGUCUGCCGGCCAAGGACAGCCCCAGGAAGGAGAGUCUCCUGAGCAAUCUGACGGGAAGUUUCCGCAGCCUGCACAACCUGCUGGAGGGAACGCCGCAGAGGAACGAAGCUGCGGCCACUGUUACGGCCAAGAGCGGCUCGCUCACCCGCACAGGGACGGACGUGCUGACGGAGCACCCCCUGCUGUCGGAGCCGUCCUCCGUCAGCUUUUACAACUGGAUGUCAAACGCCGUGGGCAACAGGACGGGAGGGGAGCAGCAGGAGUCUCCAGUCAACCGCUCCCAGCACAACAGUCUGCAGACUGGUGGGGCAUGUAACUUACCCACAAUUCCCUCGGCCUCUGACUUCAACACCGUGCUGUCCAGUGACCAGAACACUCUGGAUGGAACCCACUCCCAGCACAGCAGCAGCCAGGACGACGUGGCCGACAUCGAGGAGGGGAACCAGUGUCCAGCUGCUGUUCAACUGGCUGAUGCCCAGGUUGUCUUCAAGCCUCUGCUGAGCUACACAGGGAUCCAGGCCCAGGACGCCACUCCACUCAGUUACAGGAUGUAUUUUGGAGAACAUCUGUCUUUUUCUGGGAACCUGGAGUGUCUGAGAGCCGACAUCGUGGACUCGGACACUUCCAAAGAGCGCAAGAACAAAAGAUCCAAGAGACAGGGCAUGGUGCACCUCCCCCCCCUGGAGUUCAAACCAGCGCUGCUGAUCGAGACCUUCAGCCUGAACGCAGUGGUGAUGGAGAAGUCCACCAGCGCUCCGCAGGGCCCCGCCGACGUUCCGCUCUCCUUCCACGACCUCAACCGCCGACACUACAACACGUUCCACUGUGACUUCACCACGGCCUGUCAGUCCAUCAGUCAGCGCGUAGACAUGGCCUUGGUGCGCCUCAUCCACCAGUUCAGCACCAUGAUCGAUGACAUCAAGGCCACGCAGACCGACAUCAAACUCAGUCGCUACACUGCUGGCUCCGCCCCCCCCCCCCCCCCCCCCUGCCUGGAUCUGAGGUCGUCGGACUUCAGCCGCAGCUCCCGUGGCAGUCUGAAUGGGACGGUUCGCAGUGGCACCCAGACGUUAAAGAAGAGGGGUGGAGGAGGAGGAGGAGGAGGAGGAGGAGGAGGCCAGAUGCAGCCUAAUGGACCUCCAUCAGGCAUGGACACACUUGGGAGGAGAGAGCCCAGGGGACGGAGCUCCCUCGGACGUUUGGAGCGGCGUACAUCCAAGGUGUCCAGGAAGGGCUCCCGUGACGUGGCGGACCACAUGACCAUCCAGAUGGACGACUCUGACUCCAUCACGGUGUCGGAGCAGAGUGAGCCGUCAGCAGAGUGUUGGCAGAACAUGUACAAACUGCUCAACUUCUACUCCCUCAUCUCUGACCCCACGGGCAUCCUGGAGAAAAGCUCCCCAGAGAACUGUCUUUCAGAAGGCGGGCGGCCGGGGUCCGAGCCCUUCUGUAAAGUCAUCUUCGAGUAUGAGAAGGAGCAGCCGGAGCUCACCACGCCCAGCAAACCCCCGGCUGCAGGAGGAAGGAGGCGCAGUCUGGUGAGCUCGGAGCCACAGCACGUCACGCUGAUCGUGUUUGGCAUCGGAAUGGUCAAUCGGACCCACCUGGAGGCCGACAUUGGUGGACUGACCAUGGAGGCGGAGCUUAAGAAGAUUCACGGGAGUUUUACUCUGAAGGAGAAGAUGAAAGAUAUCCUGCACCAGAAGAUGACGGAGACGUGUGCGUCGGCUCAUAUUGGAGGAAUAAACAUCGUCCUGUUGGAAGGAGUCACUCCUGACAUCCAGACCGUGGUCAAAUGCAACAUUGCCAAGUCUCAGGCCUUGUACAGCGCACAGCGAGGGUUGAAGUCCAACAACGCAGCCGUGUUCAAAGUGGGGGCGAUCAUGAUCAACAUCCCCCAGCACCCGGCCACGUUACACGGCAUGAUGGUCCGCAGCUCUCACCAGCUCUCCAAACAGAUCUCUGACCUCAUUCGCCAGCCUUCCAACACCCAGCCCCCCAACAGAGAGGACACCCCCACCCCACAGCCCUCUGACAAGGCCUCCAGCAUCAAUCAGACCCCAGUGGAGGCCAACGAGUUCCCCCAGCUUCCUGAAGGUCUGGAAAAGAAGCCCAUCGUCCUGAAGUUCAGCGCCAUGAUGGACGGCAUCACCAUCGGAGCUGCCCUCCUGCCCUCACUGAAGGCCGAGUACAAAAUGGGCCGAAUGAAGAGUCACGGCAUGACGGGAGCUCAAACCAGUUUCACCUUCGAGUUACCAAACCACAAGCUCUGCUUCCAAUCUAAAGUGUCUCCAGUGGACGUGUCUGCCAUGCCCCCGUCAGCCAGCCUGACCCUGCCCCCGGUCACCAUGUCGGGGGAGUACAUCAUGGAGGAGCACGAGAGCCACUCCGAUCAGGGCUGGGCUACGGACGACUUCCCGUCCAAGCAGGGGAAUUACCUGCAGGGCAACUACCUGCGCUGUGUGGCAGAGAUAGGCUCCUUUGAACACAACCUGACCACAGAUCUGCUCAACCACCUGGUCUUCCUGCAGAAGGUCUUCAUGAAGGAAGUCAACGAGGUCAUUCAGAAGGUGUCAGGUGGAGAACAACCCAUCCCACUGUGGAACGAGCACGAUACUUCGACUGACGCAGACAAACCCAAGAUCCUGCUGUAUUCACUCAGCCUCAGAUUUAAGGGGAUCCAGAUGACAGCGACCACGCCCUCCAUGAGAGCUGUCCGCUUUGAGACCGGUCUGAUCGAGUUGGAGCUGUCCAACAGAAUCCAGUGCAAGGCUCAGGGGGGGGGCAGCAGCAGUUACCUCAAACUGUUUGGCAAAUGUCAAGUGGACCUGAACCUGGCCCUGGGACAGAUAGUCAAACACCAGGUUUACGAAGAGGCCGGCUCAGACUUUCACCAGGUGGCGUACUUCCGGACUCGGAUUGGUCUUCGUAACGCUCUGCAGGAGGAGAUCAGCGGCUCCUCUGACAAAGAAGCCGUCCUCAUCACACUCAACAGGCCCAUCGUCUUCGCCCAACCGGUGGCCUUUGACCGAGCUGUGCUCUUCUGGCUGAAUUACAAAGCAGCUUAUGACAACUGGAACGAACAGCGCUUGGCCUUGAACAAAGACAUCCACGUGGCCACCAAGGAGGUGGUGGACAAACUGCCAGGCAUCCAGCAGACCUCCUCCCAGGCCUUCAGCACUCUGUUCCUGCAGCUGACGGUCGACGACCUGGGCAUCUGUCUGCCCAUCACCAGCACGUCGCAGGCCAAUCACACCAUAGAUUUCGACACUGGUUCGGCACUGGUCCUGACCAUCGAGAGCACACUCAUCACUGCCUGUUCAUCUGAGUCUCUCGUGAGCAAAGGUCAUUUUAAGAACUUCUGUAUUCGCUUCGCUGAGGGCUUCGAAACAUCCUGGGACGACUGGAAGCCGGAGGUCCGAGGAGAUCUGGUCAUGAACGCAUGUGUGGUACCUGAUGGUACAUACGAAGUUUGCUCCAGAACAACAGGUCAACCUUCUGCAGAGAGCAGCAGUGCCGGCACCUGGACUCUGAAUGUGCUCUGGAAGAUGUGCGGCAUUGACGUUCACAUGGAUCCUAACAUCGGCAAGAGGCUGAAUGCGCUCGGGAACACGUUGACGUCACUGACCGGCGAGGAGGACACGGACGACAUCGCUGACCUCAACUCUGUCAACAUGGCCGACCUGUCGGAUGAGGAUGAGGUUGACACCAUGUCACCGACCAUCCACAUGGAGACCAUUGACCCCAGAAGGCAAAUGAUGAUGGGGAACCAGGUGAUGGACGCCAGGGGGAGGAAAGUUUCCAAGAGGGUGGUGGACAUCAGAGAGCUGAACGAACAGGCCAAGGUCAUCGACGACCUGAAGAAGUUGGGGGCCAGUGAAGGCACCAUCAACCAGGAGAUUCAGCGGUACCAGCAGUUGGAGUCAGUGGCGGUCAAUGACAUCAGGAGAGACGUGAGGAAAAAACUGCGCCGCUCUAGUAUGAGGGCUGCCUCUCUGAAGGACAAGUGGGGUCUGGGCUACAAACCCAGCUACAACCGUUCUAAAAGCAUCUCGGCUCCUACAGGCCGUCCUCCUCUGAAGAGGAUGGAGAGGCAGAGUUCCAGAAUAGGUGAAGUGGAUGAUUUGUCAGACGUCCGUGUUGUAGCGUCCUCUCCUGGACCACGUGUGACCUUCAACAUCCAGGACACGUUCCCCGAGGAGACAAACGUGGACCUGUGGUCAUCUACCGUUGACCAGCCAUCUCUUCUUCUUCUUCAUCGUCACCCUCAUCUUCAUUCUCCAUCCACCUCUGAGGGCCAACACUCAGUUUUCAGUGCCCCCUGCACCCCUGCUGUCUUUUCACCUGCACUUCCCUUCCAGCACGACGACAUCAGACGUGACGACUUGUCCUCAUCGUCCUCCGAAGACUCGGAGAAGGAAGACGAAUUUGAACGUGAGAGACCUCCGACCCUCAGAAGGCCUUUCCACAUGCCCCACAGGAAGUCCUCGGGCUUCUCUGCAGUGAGUCAGCUCUUCAGCGAGCGCUGGCCCAGCACACCCGCCAACCGCAGCUUCAGUGGGUCGGCCACCGAGAGGAACAUCGACUUUGAGCUGGACGUUCGUGUGGAGAUCGACAGUGGGAAGUGUGUCCUCCAUCCCACUACCCAGCAGCCCGAGCAUGAGGACGUUUCUCUGAGAAGGAGCUGUGAGCGCAGCUUAAGAAGUCUAGACCAAGACUCCCCCCCCAAGAAGAAGAAGCUGCAGCCCACCUACAUGUCCACCACCCACCUCUUAGCUGGGAAGAAAUGUCCCUUCACCCUGCAGACCAAAUGUAAUGACAUGGAGACCACUGUCUUCUACAUUCCAGGAGUGGACGUCAAGUUGCACUACAACUCCAAGACCCUGAAGACAGAGUCACCCAGCGCCUCCCGCGGCUCCUCCCUCCCUCGCACGCUCUCCAAAGAGUCCAAACUGUAUGGUAUGAAAGAUAGUGGCCCCUCCAAUCCUCCCACUGCUGCCCAAAGCAGGAUUAACUCCCUCCUACCUCCCCCACCCCCACCUAUUCCAUCAGCCAAGGCUAAGGCCAGUGGAGCGAUGAAAACAGCCAAGCUGUACGCAUGGGUGGCACUGCAGACUCUGCCGGAGGAGAUGGUCAUCAGCCCCUGUCUGCUGGACUUCCUGGAAAAGGCCCUGGAGACCAUCCCCAUAACUCCAGUGGAGAGGAACUACUCUGAUGUGGCGUCUCAGGAGGAGGACAUGGGUCAGUUUGAUCCGGUGGAGCAGCUGGAGGAGUCCACCACCUCCCUGGUCUCCUCCUCCACCUCAGCUUAUUCCUCCUUCCCUGUGGACGUGGUAGUUUAUGUCAGAGUCCAGCCGUCCCAGAUCCGCUUUAGCUGCCUGCCCAUGUCCAGAGUGGAAUGUAUGUUAAAACUGCCUUCUUUGGACCUGGUCUUCUCCUCCAACCGUGGUGAACUGGAGACCCCAACAGGGACCCAACCCACGGAGGGAUCACACCCACCAUCCUCCACCCCACCUGGGCAGCACAUCCCUAAAAUACCUCCCAGCAAAGCGUCUCCAUUACUAGGAAGCCCUUUAGGCAGGAGCCGACACAGCAGCAGCCAGUCCGACCUCUCUGGUCCUCCCAGCAACUCUUCUGGCCUCAGCUUCACUGCCUGCAUGUCCGACUUUUCCCUCUUCGUCUUCCACCCUUAUGGAGCGGGGAAACAGAAGUCUGCGGUCACGGGGCUGCCCCCCGGCUCGGGGCCUCUAGGAACAGUGGAUGAAGAACCGUCCUCAGUCACAGGAAGGAAGGACUCUCUCAGUAUUAACCUGGAGUUUGUUAAGGUCAGCUUGUCCAGGAUUCGCAGAGCUGGACCCCCCACCUUUAUUGAAAACCUUGUUCCGAUCAAGGGGGGCAAAGUGGACACCACCCUGAUCAACAUCUCAGCUGUGUGUGACAUUGGCUCCGCCUCCUUCAAGUAUGACAUGAGGCGACUGAGCGAGAUCCUGGCGUUCCCCAGAGCCUGGUACAGACGCAGUAUAGCCAGACGCCUCUUUCUGGGAGACCAGACCAUCAACCUACCAGCUUCUGGACCUGCCACACCGGACUCGGCAGAGAACGUCACCCAACAUUUGUCCCCUGAGUCCAGCAGAAAGGCCUAUUGGAGGACGUGGGACGGCAGCACUGGGACACAGCACGCCCCCCCCCAGUCUCCCAACGUCUUUUCCGAUCACUCCAGUGGAGUCAACGUGUCUCCUGGUGGACUGGGCCACAUCAAAUCCCCCGCGUCUGGUCGAACACGGAGUGUGUCUGAUUCUUCUGCCCCCAGGAGAGAUUCUGUGACAAAAACAUCCACACCAUCAUUUGGUAAAAAUGGCAAAGCUGGACAGCAGGGGGCGCCAUGGGAGACAUUAGUUGUGUUUGCAAUCAACUUGAAACAACUCACUGUUCAGAUGAACAUGAGCAACGUGAUGGGAAACAACACCUGGACCACCAGUGGCCUCAAGAGUCAAGGCCGACUCUCUGUGGGGAGCAACCGGGACCGGGAGAUCAGCAUGUCCAUCGGACUGGGACGCUCCAAGCUGGACUCCAAGGGCGGUGUGGUGGGGGGCAACAUAGACGUGAACACCCUGGAGAUGGUCUCCCACAUCUCUGAGCAUCCAAACCAGCAACCCAGCCAUAAGAUCCAGAUCACCAUGGGCUCCACAGAGGCCCGCGUGGACUACAUGGGCUCCAGCAUCCUAAUGGGCGUGUUCAGUAACGCUGACCUGAAGCUGGAGGAUGAAUGGAAGGUCAACCUGUGCACCACUGACAACAGCCUAUCAGAGAAGAGUGUAAUCUUCGUCCACGGAGACCUGCAGUGGGACAUUUUCCAGGUCAUCAUUUCCCGCUCCACCACUCCAGACCUCAUCAAGAUCGGCAUGAAGCUGCAGGAGUUUUUCACUCAGCAGUUCGACACCAGCAAACGUGCCCUCUCCACCUGGGGGCCCGGGCCCUACCUGCCCCCCAAAACACCCGUCAUCAACAGUGAGAAAGGAGCUGAGCUGUACAUGGAUGCUGCCCACCACCGACACUGGCCGGGGGUGCUGAAGGUCAUCUCCGGCUGCCACAUCUCACUCUUCCAGAUGCCUCUGCCUGAGAACGCCGUGCAGCUGGGCGGUUCCAUGAGCCUUCAUGGUAAUCACAUGACCCUGGCCUGCUUCCACGGCCCCAACUUUCGCUCUAAAUCCUGGGCUCUGUUCCACCUGGAGGAGCCCAACAUUGCAUUUCUGACUGAAGCUCAGAAGAUCUGUGAAGACGGUUCCAAGCAGGUUUCCACCUACGUGGUCCAGACUCUGGACUUUCACCUUGGUCACAACACCAUGGUCACUAAACCAUGUGGGGCGCUGGAGAGUCCAAUGGCCACCAUAACCAAAAUAACUCGCCGACGGCACGAAAACCCUCCACCGGGUGUUGCUACAGUCAAAGAGUGGUUCAACUAUGUCACUGCCAUGAGGAACGAAGAGCUCAACUUGCUCAGAAACGUGGAGGCCAACAACCAGGAGGGCGGCGCCGCUGCCAAGAGCUCCAGUCUGCUGAGCAGCUUCCGCAGCUCUCCCAGCUACAACCAUGAGACGGAGACCAUAUUUGCUCUGCCCAGGAUGCAGCUGGACUUCAAGUCCAUCCACGUCCAGGACCCAGAAGAACCUUCUCUCACAGACUCCAACAACAAACCAAAGGUGGAGUGCAGCGUGGUGACAGAAUUCACCGACCACAUCUGUGUCACCAUGGACGCUGAGCUCAUCAUGUUCCUCCACGACCUGGUCUCUGCCUACCUGAAGGAGAAGGAGAAAGCCCUGUUUGCUCCCCGGAUGUUUGCAGCCCGUCCGGGCCAGAAGAGUCCGACUGCCCUUCACAACAACAGCAGCAGCAGCAGCAGCACAGACUCAGACAAAGACAGGGAGGAGAACAUCAACUACACCACCGUGGACUGGAGGGAGUUCAUGUGUAACACCUGGCACCUGGAGCCCACCCUCAGACUCAUCUCCUGGACCGGCCGUAAGAUCGACCCAGUGGGCGUGGACUACAUCCUGCAGAAACUGGGCUUCCAUCACGCCAGGACUACAAUCCCCAAGUGGCUACAGAGAGGUGUGAUGGACCCCCUGGACAAGGUUCUGUCAGUGCUCAUCAAGAAGCUGGGCACGGCCCUGCAAGACGAGAAGGAGCGGAAGGGCCGUGACAAGGAGGAGCACUGAGGAGAACCUUGGUGGAACCUUAGUAGAACCACUGUCAUUAAAGCUGUGCAAACACUACGUUCUCUACACUGGAAUACAACAAGUACUACUGCAACACACACACACACACACACACACACACACACACACGAGCGCAUGGUCACUGCUCAACCCUGGGAAGGUCACUGUGGCACCACAGUCAGCAGGGGGCAGCGGGGAGUGGGGACGGGGCCAUGCUCAGUGCACCUCGGUGGAGUAGUGGACUCGAACCUGAAACCUUCCAGACCUAAGUCUGCUUCCUCAACCACUAAGGCACCACUGCCCGUGGGUCUCCAGUGACGGCCUUGGUUCCGACUGAAACACUCUGCACCUCUGCCCGUGUCUGUGACUGGUUCAACUUUGACCCUAUGACCCCUGUUGUCAGUGACCUCAGUGACCUCAGUGAAACGGCUUCAAGGUUGUUGUUUUUUUUUUUUGUUUGUUUUUUUUAGGUCAACUGAUUUUUUUGAGGACCUUUUUGAAACUUGUUUUUGUUUCCCAUAGAACAGGUGGUGGAACAGUGUGAUGGUUCUUUAAAGAACAGUGUGAUGUCACUGUAGGACACACCUGAUAAAUCUACACACUGUUCCUUUAAGGACAUGACUUUGACCUCUUGACCUCCUCAUUCCUGGGCCUCCAUCUUGUCGUCGUCUUUUCUAAUCCAUAGUAGCUGUGUACAGAAAUGAAUUUCUAAAUGUCUUGAUUUCUUAACUUAAUAAUAAAAGAAUUGACCUUUGAUUUUACACAAGUC